AUGGCCCCCUUAUUAAAAUCUGAUGUUGAUAACGGUGAAGAUGACUCUAGUUCACAUUCGUCAUCUAUCUCAUCUCCGUCGAAAUAUCCCACUACUAAAACCGAACUUCUCGGACAAAAGCAUGAGAGCGAUGGGGCGCAACAUGAACAAGGCGAUUGUAAGAGAACUGUUAACUCGACAAAUCCCGACACCAUCCAACAAAUAGGAUGUCGCUCGAUUCACCCUAGAUUCCCCCGCCGAUCUCGAUCUGUGCCUAGCUAUCCCAAUCCCAGUCGCCCCAAUAGUCUGACAACUAUGAUCGACGAAGUUAAUGGCUUGAAGUCUCUCUCUCAGGCCUGGGAGAAGAAAUAUACCGUAGCGAAUAACCUAUCAGAAUCAAGCACGACUAAAGGCCUAGAGGAUGAGCCAGGAUCUUUUCCCACAGAAGAUGCUCUUGUGUUUCCAUUCUUCCACUUAGACUAUUCACACUUUAUAUACUACCAGUAUAUAUUCCCGUUUUCUCACCUGGAUCCUUGCAUCUUUGAAUUUGAGCCAGAAAAUAAGAGGCGCCCCUCGCCACUUGUAAAGCUCAUGAAAAUGGUUGGGUUGGAAGAAGUGAAAAGGCAUUUCUUAUCCGUUAGAGACCGAGUCAAGGCAGCCCAAGCCCUCGAAAAAAUGCCUCCGAUCAGAAGCUUGGAACUGGACUUGAUAAUCACAGGGAGUUAUGGAACGGGAAAAACGAGAAUUGCAGGCAUUUAUAUGGACUAUCUCCUGUAUCUCGGCAUCGACUGCCGCGGCGACUCUAACACGUCCAAAGCACGUAGUGAGGAGGACAAGGCUUACAUUAUCGAUGUCAACGGAAGUGAUCCUCUCAAGAGCAUAUUCGACAAGCCAAGUCCGUACUACAACGAACGCGAUCUACUCAAAAUUUUGGUGCGGGGCUACGGCGCACAGUUCCUUCGCGUGUAUGAGAAGUAUCAGAAUGUUCAUACACUGCAAGAUGAGAUUCGGAAAAUCCUGUGCCGCCAGGCUAAGCGUUUGGAGAAAGCGAUUCAAGUGAAGACCAACAUGGUUGUGCACAUUACUGAUCGAGCGUAUGAACUAACGGAAUCGGACUUUUUCGGCGAUGCAUGGAAGAAACUCGAGAGGAUGACUGGCAUGGAGAAGAUCAAGGACGCUAUAAAAGGGCUGGUUUCCAUGCGAAACAUCAACUAUGGCCGCGAAAGAGCCGGGGAGAAGCCCCUGAGAACCUCCCACAACUAUGUUUUCCUUGGACCACCGGGGACUGGGAAAACAACUGUCGCAUCGCUCUUUGGUCAGGUCAUUGCAGGGCUCGGAUUUAUCGAAAAUAGUACGGUAUGCAUUGGGGAUUCAGAGGCAACGACCCGAAAGAUCCUAAGAGAAACGGAGGACAAGGUUCUUAUUAUUGAUGAAGCACAUAUGUUUUACCUUAGCACCGAGUAUAACAGCGACGGAUCAGACAUUUACCGGAAAGGUAUCGUCGAUACGAUCGUGGCUCAUGUCGACAACGAACCUGAGAGCAACCGAUGUAUAAUCCUAACGGGAUAUCCGGAUCGGAUGAAAGAACGGUUCCCUCUGGAAGAUGCGUUCGUGUUUGAAAACUACGAUGCUAAAGCCUUAGAUGGGAUCGCAGCCACCGACGACGCGAAAUCCGUUGCCAUGGAAGUCCUUCAAAGAGAACGGGAACUCCCUAACUUUGGGAAUGGAGGCGCGGUACGCAAUCUCAUCAGCCGGGCACUAGCCACAUACAACAAACGUACACCGACAAUUGCACCAGAACUUUGGAGUUCGGAGAAUGAACAAAGCAAAAUAGUUUUGGAGCCAUACGACUUCGAGCCUGAGUACGAUCGCGGACUUCGAACCCAGAAGGAUUACCGCUCCCUCUUCAAAGACCUUGUCGGCUUUCAAGAGAUAAUCUCAGUCUUCGAGGGAUACCAGACAAUGACAGCGAACAUGAUCCAAUACGGCCUCGACCCACGCGAAGAAGUCCCAUUUAGCUUCGUCUUUAAAGGACCCCCAGGCACGGGGAAGACCACGACCGCGCGGGCUUUAGGCCAUAUCUACUACAGCAUGGGGUUCCUCUGCACUACCGAAGUGGUGGAUUGUUCGGUGACUGACCUCGUCGGAACCGCAGUCGGGCACACAGGACCAAAAGUGCAGAACCUGCUCGAGAAAGCUCUAGGUAAAGUCCUGUUCAUCGACGAAGCGUAUCGCAUGGGCCAGACAAUCAACUCAGGCGGGUUCAAACAGGAAGCAGUCGGUGAGCUAGUAGACUGUAUGACAAAAGAGAAGUUCGCGCAUAAACUAGUCAUUGUUCUCGCCGGCUACGAAGGCGAUAUGGACAAGCUCAUGGCUAUGAACGAGGGAAUGCGCGGCAGGUUCACGGAGAUGGUGUUCCCGAACAUGAGACCAACGGACUGUCUCCGUCUCCUGCAGAAGAAGCUGGAUGGCAAAAAGAUCAAGAUCGUUAGCCUGGAGAAGCAGGGGGUACAAGAUAAGAUCAUCAGCCUGUUUGAGAGUCUCAGUAAGACGAAGGCGUGGGCGAAUGCGCGGGAUGUGGAGUCUAUCUCCAAGCGCCUUGUUCGCCAUGUGUUCAUGAGCAAGGUGUUCGCCGGGGAACAUGUGGAACUCCCCCCUGAAGAAAUCGUUACUGUCUUGAGUCAACUUCUUCGUGAACGGGCUACAUUUGUUAAUAGCCAAAGAGAUAGAAGGUCCCGCGCAUCUGCCGGAUUCAAACUAGCACUGCCCGCGGUUAACAUCGAUGGCGUGUUUUGA